AUGUCGUCGCCAUCAGAUUCCUCCCCAGAGACACCUGGAUUCACGGCAACAUUCAUUAUUUACCUUGAUACAUACACCAAGACUACUACUGCAAAUAAUGGCAAAGCAAAAACCAAGGAAGUGAAAUCUACAAAAGUCAAGGAACUGGUCUUUCAAGUCUCUGAGCCCAACUACAUUGAAUUUCUGACAACAAUUCUCAUGAAGCACAACAAAUCACACUAUAGGAUCACUGAGAGGAAGAAAUACACUUUCAAGUACCUCCUUGGCAAUUCUCUGGUUGUUUAUAGAUGUGCCAAAGCAAUGGAUGUUGACAACCAAGCUGAUUAUGCGGAAAUGGCAAAGAAACUCAUCUCCAAAGAGCCUUGA